AAAUUCUCAGUUACAGAGUCUUUCAUCUAGGAAGAGCAUUGUCAUAGAGAGUGGAUCCUUAACACUUUGCUCAAGCCAAGAUGAAACUUAUAUUCACGGUUUAUCUUUUGAUAUUGACUGCCCUGUACCUAGAAGUUGAUGCGCAGUCCUUGACUUGUCCACAAGGUCCUCAAGGCAACCCUGGUAACAACGGUGUUCCUGGUAACAAUGGAAUGCCAGGAUCACCAGGCCGCGACGGACGGGAUGCUAAGGGAGAACCUGGACUCAAAGGUGACCGCGGAAAAGCUGGGCCCAAGGGCAAACGCGGAGAAGCUGGGCCGAAAGGUGACCGAGGAGAAUCUGGGCCUAAAGGUUCUUGUCCAGGCGUCAACUGGAAACAAUGUGUUUGGAAGCGAGACGAUGAUAAAGAUAUUGGUCUAAUACAGGAAUGCAUUUUCCACAAGAAGAACACCAACACAUCUCUUCGUGUGUUUUUCGAUGGAACUCUUCGAAUUUACAGUUGUACUUCUUGUUGUAAGAGAUGGUAUUUCACAUUCAAUGGAGCAGAAUGUAGCGGUCCUAUGACCAUCGAAGGCAUCGUGUAUACAGAAACCAGUAAUAAUAUUCACCGCCACCGCCACAUUGAGGGCUACUGCAACAACAUCGCCGUCAAGGGCAAAGUACGAGUUGGAUUCUGGGUUGGUAAUUGUGCUAAUUUUGGAAACGCCGAUGCCUACACAGGAUGGCAAGCAGUCUCACGUAUAGUUAUCGAGGAAACAUCCCCAGAACAGAUAUAAAUUAAAGCUGGAUGAUGCAUGCAUGCAAAGAAUGCAUAGGAUUGUAGGAAUAUUUAGGAGAUGUGAUCAAGUAAGAMAUAAAAGGGUCUCAAGUAAUUAAAUGCACUCUCUAUAAAAAACAAAAUUCUGAAAACGUCCCCACAGACAUCUGUAUCAUUACCUAGCACGAAAUAAUCAACCUAAUAAAAUUCUAAUAUUCAAUCAAA